CGUUGGGUUGUUGUCUAUGGAUAAAAGUUAGUUUGCUGGAUGUACUGGGUUGUGGAUUAUUCGAAUUGGUGGGUUAUAUCGAUUAUUUUGCCUGAUUGACCAUCUUAUCCAAUGAAAGUCAAGGGGCCUAUCUAGGCCCAGCAGAGUUUUUCAUCAUCAUGUCAAUAUCAAUAAUGUGUUGGAUCCAAAACCUGUCGAAACUAACCUAGCAGACUCAUCUUCAUUUGGCAACCUUUAAAUUACUUGUUUUCUCUGAAAAUCAUAACAAUCUUUGAGUCAACCAGAAAACAAAUAUGGCUGACGGAUAUGACCCAUGUGCGUGCAUCUGGGACCAUGGAAUGGCAAUGAGGAGACUGAUCUCACUGCUUCGUGGAAUGCAGGGAUUCUGCACAGACAGUGAAUGUUUUGGAGAACUGCCGGGCCCGCAGGCGGACGCCUCCGGCGGCGGUAACGACCUGUUCCUGAUGGCCAUGGUGUGGGUGGUGCUCGGCGUGCUGCUCUACCUCUUCAGACCCAGCUCGCUCCGCAACCGCGGCGACACGAAGCCGGCACGACUGGACCAGGGCGGGCCGGGCAACAACCCGCCGCCGACGGCCAACUAGCGGCCGACCUCGGACCAGCCCGGCCUCCGACCAGCCCGCUCUGCUGUGAUAUCCGCCCGACUCUGCCGGCGGCGCGGCCUGGCCGUCGCUGCCGGCCGCCCCGUCUCACGGCUUGUACACGGUCUAUUGGACACUGAAGGUUUUACCGCGGCUCAGGUGCCGAGCGAGCGGCGGCCACCGCCCGCCGCCGGCCGUCAGCAGCCGCCCGCGGUAGGUCAGUGGGGUCAGCCGGGCCGGCGGCAGUGACGGCAGCGGUCGCUGACAGUCGCCGGCGCCGCUCCCCCUCGGCCUCUCAUCCCGCUGUGGACAGAUACACCGCCGAACGCUCUCAGUACGCCCGGAAAGCGCCUCCAUAUCCGCGGACGUCACUGACGCCGGCCCGAGUGACGUCACUGGUACUGACCCGCGCUGCGAGUGACGUCACCGCCCGUGGCACCUGAGGACGAGCAUACUGACGUCAUCACAUAGCUGCACAUGGGGUCAAGAUUGACAUAUUUAUAGCCAUGCUCCCUUGAUCGGUUGCAUUCGGGUAGAUUUUGGAAAUUGCUUUAAGUUCUGUGUGCACUUUGGCCGGGAUUGAGGUUUUGCUGUGGGGCAGAAAUUUUUGGGUCGUCACUCGUCACGUGCGUUCGCCUGAUACCAAUAGACAAUAUAGCUAGCUAUAGAUAUAUUAUCCCAUACGAGGUAGUUCAUUUGUUAGCGCGUAACUAUCUAAUAUUUAUAGAUACUGUCGUCGGAACUUUUCAAAUGUCAGUACAUUCCCGGCUGUUUGUGAAGUUCCACCGUGUCCGCACCCGGUGUUGAGUAUUCUCGCGUGCCUUUUUUCUGUUACCGACUGCGUGCGCAGCCGCCUGGAGUGGCGGCCGUCUCCGUCUCGGUUGUGGCUGGACCUUCACUGGGGGAUGCAUGCCGCUGUUCGUUGGCGCCCCUCAUCUACAGUCGGCACCGCGGCCGGCGCCUGAGAGGUUCGCCUGUCCGCGAUUGGUGCGCCGGGAACGGACCAUCUGUCUGUCGACAGCUCAAUACACAGCCGACACUUAAAA